GUCAGCCACUAUUGUUAGCGACGAGCCAAUGAAUGGCAUUUGGAGGCGGGACAACAUGGCAGGAACUCAAUGUACAGCAAUUAGCCAGUUAGCUCAUGAGGUGUUAAAACUGUAACAGUUUAAUAAGAAAAUAAAGACUGUUUACCUUCACAGGAAAGCGUGUUUAUAAACAUAUUAAAAGCGUCCUUACGUUUACUGAUGUUUAGUGUCAAGAAUUACUAUAAAAGUGUCGAGAAAGAUGUGCAGUCGAGGUUAGCUCAAAAAUGCUAAUGUCUACAACUUGCUAACUUAGCUAACAAGUAAACAUGCUACAUCAACUAGCCUUACACACUCGUACACGCAGAAGGUGAUGAACGACAGCGUGGCGUAAGGAUUCUUACUUUUGGACAUAGAAAGCAGGGAUGAGGAAGUGGAACUGGCGAGAAGGGCAGCGACCUCACAGGCGACGAGGUGCUGGUCAACGCAAUGGCUGGUACAGAGGCAACCGGCAAAGGGCAACACAGGACGAACAGUGGUCUGGACAUAAUGAUGCAGGGCCAUCAUUUAGAGCACCUCAGAGAAGAUAUGAAAACCAGCCCGUCUCUUCCUCUUCAUCUUCAUCUCCCCCCUCACCCUCAUCUUCCUCCUCUAAGACCAGCAGUGCUGCACCAGAUCUGCCUGGUUUCUAUUUUGACUCGGAGAAAAAUCGUUACUUCCGCCUGUUGCCCGGACACAACAACUGUAACCCGCUGACCAGAGAGCAGUUGCAGGAGAAAGAAAGAGAGAAAGAGAAUAAGAUGCUGGCGGAGGAUGAAAAGCCUAGAAAAAAAGCACCAAGAACAGGACUGAACACUUCGCUGCUGCUGCAGAAAAGACACCUUGGCAUGUUACCUGAGAACUCUUAUUGCAGGCUGGUGCAUGAGGUGAAGGUCAGUGGAAUGAGACGCCACAAACUAGAGAUCCAGAGCACGGACAACAGCAACCCCAACACUGACAACUUCAGACUCAUAGUGGGGGACUCUGCAUGUGAGCGAGUGUUCACAGUCAAUGACGUGUCACACGGAGGCUGCAAGUACGGCAUCAUGAACUUCAGCAGCAGCAGCCGGGGAUCUCUGUCCGUGGAAAUGUGCGACAACCUCUACUUCACAAACCGCAAGGUGAACUCCAUCUGCUGGGCCUCGGUCAACUACCCAGACUCCCACGUCUUGCUGUGUCUGGUAGGAGCGGCGGACACCCCCGGCUGCGUCAGUUUACUUCCUGCUUCCCUCUUCAGCAACUCCAACCCAGACCAGCCCGGGAUGCUGUGUAGCUUCAAGAUAUCCUCAGCCUGGUCUUGUGCUUGGUGCCUCAACCCCCAGUUUGACAAGACCUUCAGCACCGGCCUGUCUCGUAGGGUGAUAGUAAAAGAUGCGGAGACGGGACGAACGCAGACGUACAGCACCGGCAGCGACGUCUUGGCUCAGCAGUUUGCCCUGAGGGACCCUGUGCUGUUCAAUGGUUGCCGAUCAGGAGAGAUCUUCAGCAUUGACCUGCGGCAGCGCGGCCGUAGGGAUCAGAGCUGGAAGGCAAGCCGCUUCCAUCAAGAGUCAGCCAUCACCUCCGUACGCGUCCUGCAGGAUGAGAACUACCUGCUUGCUGCUGACAUGCUGGGCCAGAUUAAGCUGUGGGAUGUGCGUGUGACAAAGCCUGUACAGGAGUUCAAAGGGCACUAUAAUGAGCAUGCCUACCUUCCCAUCCACGUCAAUGAGCCGGAGGGGCUUUUGUUGGCAGUCGGUCAGGAUUGCUACACAAGGUUAUGGAGCCUAAAAGAUGGCCACCUAUUAAGGACUAUCCCAUCACCCCACCCGGCCGCAAACGACCUGAUCCCGAGCGUGGUCUUCUCCUCCAAGCUGGGCGGCUGCAGGGGGCUCCCCGGCCUGCUCAUGGCCGUCAAACACGACCUUUACUACUUCCCGUACAACACCGACUACCAGGAAGGAGGAGAGCAGCAGGCCGGCUUUUUAGGAAAAGACUGAGAAUGCUUCAUCUCACAAAUCCUUCUUAAAACAAGGGCAAUUUUUUUUGUUGCCAAAUGUAUUGAUGGAGUUAUAUUCAUAUAAAAAAACAAAAGCUAUAGGUAUUUUAUAAAUGAAUGGGUUUGGCCAAUAUGCAGUGAAGGGUUACAUUGAAGCCUCAGGGGAAUGUUGUUUUUUCACCCACUUGUUUGUGCCAAGAGGAAAUAGAAGUGCUACAUACAUUACAAUAACUGAAGUUAAGAUUUCUGUAACCUUUAAAAGAAAAAGUGCUCUUAUGACAUGAUUGACUUUGAUUUUCUAUGUAUCUUAGGAUGUGUCUGAUCUGAAUUUGAAAAGGAUGAUUGAGAAGGAUGACAGUUUAUACUGUAAAUCAACACAUUUUCUAAUUGUUGAAUGACGAUUCUAUUCUAAGAAAAACAAAACACAGUGAUCUAUUGUUUUGUAUUUGCUCCUCAAUAACACACAGAGAGACUGAGUUUCUGCAGUUUAAUACAUACUGUAUGAGCAUACAUCAGCAUAAAGUUAUUGAUUUGUUCCUUG